AUGAAAACCAUUUUCGCAGUCAACGGGCCUGAUCUGUGCCCAGAGCUUUUCUCGUAUUUCCCAAAAUCCAAUGUCGUCCAUUUUGACUCCGUCGCCGACCUUCUGCUGCAUCUGUACACCAAUCGGAUCUCGGGCGCAAAUACCUACGAGCGCACGUUGUCGUUGGUAAUUCAUCAACAGCCCAAAAGAAGAGGUCGUUCCAAGCCAGUGGGUCUUCAAUCCUCGCCGGCCUCGGAUGCGGUUCUCAACAAGAUCACAACGGCUGAGCUGUCUCAUUUGAUACAAAAGCAGUUCCCCACUUUCAGCCUUAGCGUCACAACCCCCACGGACGCGUCCAAAGCAGUAGCACACCUGCUUGAACGCGAGCAACUGUAUUCGAACCGUUUGGUAAGGGUCGCCACCUGGAUGUAUAACGAUUACGUCGGCUCCAACGAGCCUUACACCGGGCAUGAAUCCCGUCCCGCCGCCCAUUCACAUGCCAACCACGACUCAUAUUCUCCUACUUGCUCCGCCAAUGUGUAUACUAUGCUCUCCCACUUGACAAGAGUACGCAAACGCAGAAAGGACCAAGACUCGUCGUUUCCUUCUUCCAAAUUGAUUUCCUCCGCUCUUGAUCUUCGAAAACUGAUAAAUAUACCGAAAGACAAAUUGUCUAGCGAUCAUUACUGGAACCUCAUUUCUACCUGGGAUUUCUGUGCUACAAGCCUUUCCACUUCCGAACUUAUUUGGUGCAGCUUUUUGAUUCUGAAAAAAGUUGCGCAGGAUGCGGGGUUUGAGAUUUCUGACAAUAACCUAUUUCUGUUCUUAUUAACUGUGGAAACUUCUUACCAUCAGGGAAACAAAUUUCAUAAUUUCAGACAUGCGGUCGAUGUGAUGCAAGCCACUUGGCAACUGUGUUGCCAAUUAGAAGCGCGCUUCAAGAAAAGCUCGUCUAUACUUCUGGUUUGCGUUGCAGCCAUUGGCCACGAUGUCGGUCAUCCAGGAACCAACAACGCGCUCAUGUGCGAUCCGUUAUCGCCCGUUGCUCAAUUGUACAAUAAGAGUUCAGUAUUGGAAAACUUUCACACCGAGAUUUUCUCAGAUCUAUUGCAAGAGCACUGGCCACAGAUAUUGGAAGAGCAAAGCAUUUUAUCGGAUACUAUACUAGCUACUGACAUGGCACUACAUUCCCAGUACGUGGAGCAAAUGGAUGCAGGUCCUUCCGAACAACCUAAUCUCUUGGCUUUGGUUAUAAAGGCGGCUGAUAUAUCCAACGUCACCCGACCUCUUCACAUCUCUACUAAAUGGGCCGUUUUGAUCACUUGCGAGUUUAACGAGUGCGCGGCUCUUCUGAAAAGGAUCAAAGGUAAUGAUACUUAUGAAAGUUACAUGCCUGAAUGUGAGGAGCCAAUGCCGGAUUGCGUCGAAAGCAUUUUGAUAAAGUAUCCAUCGAUACCACAGGGCCAGCUUAUGUUUAUAAAUGCAUUCGCGGAAUGCUUGUUUGCCGGUUUAGCGGAAUGCUUUCAAGAGCUCAAAUUCCUGCAUAAUAAUGUCAAGGCCAACAAGAAAUUUUGGGAAGGGAAAUGUAAAUAA